AUGGAGAAACAUUCCCUUGUAUGCCUCUUUCUGGUAUUUUCAUUCACUUUACAAUAUUCAUAUACAACUAUUGCAACAAGAACGACAACAAGUGGUCAAGGGUUAGAGCGUUGGGGCUAUGUUGAAGUUUUGACGAAGGUUCAUUUAUUUUGGUGGCAUUACGAGAGUCCUUUUAGAGUUAAAGAUCCAUCCACACCAUGGCCGACAAUUUUAUGGCUUCAGGGAGGCCCGGGUGGUUCAGCAGUUGCACUCGGAAAUUUCAUAGAAAUAGGACCACUAAAUGGACAUUUACAGCCCCGUCAUUAUACAUGGCUUCGAAAAGCAGAUCUCUUAUUUGUGGAUAGUCCAGCGGGAACAGGCUUCAGUUAUGUCGAGGAUGAAACCUUGUUGGCUACAACUGAUGAAGGGGCAGCAACUGAGUUACUUUUCUUAUUGAAAGAUCUCUUCAGCAGAUUUGAAUUCCUCCAAGAAAGUUCUCUUUAUAUAUUUGGAGAGUCAUAUGGAGGAAAAAUUGCAGUUGUUCUUGGAUUAGCAGUUGUUGAAGCUAUCCAUGCAGAAGAAUUAACAUUUCAACUUGGGGGAGUUGUUUUAGGAGACAGCUGGAUUUCUCCUGAAGAUUUUGUGUUUUCAUGGGGAUCUUUUCUAAAAUACAUGUGUCGUAUCGACGACAACGGUUUAGAGGCAUCAAACGAUUUGGCUCAAAAAGUAAAGGGCCAUCUUGAGAACCACGAAUAUAAAGAAGCAACUUCAACAAUGUUUGAUCUACAAAAUAAAAUUCGUGAGCACAGUAAUAAUGUGGAUUUCUUUGACUUAUUGGUGGAUCAUGGUACAAUGGUGGUCGAUGUUAACUUGUCUAGCUUAAUGAAUGACAUUAUUAGAACAAAACUACAAAUUAUUCCACACAAUAUAAUUUGGGAAUAUCUACCCAAAAAAAUUCCUGAUGGCUUUAGUGAAGAGUACAUGAAACCUAGAAUUGACGAGGUUGACCAGUUGUUGGCCAAAGGCGUGAGUGUCACCGUAUACAAUGGACAACUUGAUCUCAUAUGCUCAACCAAAGGAGCAGAAGCAUGGGUCGAGAAACUUAGGUGGAGAGGCUUGAAAUCGUAUUUAAAGUUGAAUCGUGUUCCAUUGUAUUGUGAAAAUGAUAGGAGAACAACAAACGGGUUUCGAAGAAAAUAUGAUAACUUUACUUUCUAUUGGAUUCUCAUGUCUGGUCACAAUGUUCCAGCGUACCAACCAUGCAUUGCUUUCCAGAUGAUGGCGGAAAUUAUUGGAUCCCCGAGUCUUUCAAGGUAA